AUGUCGCCGGUGAGGACAAUGACGGUCAUCGCUGACGUCGCCUCCGACGAGGAAGAAGAGUACUCGUUCGCCGUCGCCUACAACGGACCAACGCCGGCAUACGAUCUUCCGCGGGCCGUCCCGAUCACCGUCGACAACAUUCCGGUGGCUGCGGCAGUUGCGGUAUCGCAGGUUUCGUUCUCUGACGAGCUUUCUUUGCCGGUGGUGCAACCACUCUCGGCCCCGGAGCUUCAAUUCUCGAAGGAGCUGAAAACGCCAAACUCUGAGUCCGCUGUUUCUCCGACGUCGGUGAUCGCCUUCGACCGGAGCAACGACAGAGGCUCCGGCAGAACCACGGUCUCUCCGACGUCCGUGAUCGCCUUCGAAGACGCCGCCGCGGAAGCCAAUGACGCGUGCGAGUUGAGUAGCGAAAACUCGUUUUCUGACAAUCAUGGAACGAUGAGAAACUCGAGCACGUUGUUGUUGAGGCAUUCAAAUUGCGAGAAGGAGAGUUUGGAUUUCAACGAUUCGAGCCAGCAAGAUUACGCUUCCACGUUGAGUUCCGAUUAUCCAUCGUCUCACAAUUCUCCUUUGGAAACUAACGAACCCGAACCUGAAUGUGGCGGUAAACGAGGACCUGUGGUGUGUUUCGAGGUGGAGGAGUGCGAAGCGAAAGAGAAGGUUAAGCGAGAGAGUGCGAGGAAGGGGAAGAGAGGUUCGUGCUAUCAUUGCUUGAAAGGAAAUAGGUUAACGGAGAAAGAAGUGUGUCUCGUGUGUGAUGCUAAGUAUUGUGGGAGUUGUGUGUUGAGAGCAAUGGGUUCGAUGCCGGAAGGUCGCAAAUGUGUUGGUUGCAUUGGGUUUCCUAUUGAUGAAUCUAAGAGGGGCAGUUUGGGAAAGUGCUCACGGAUUUUGAAGAGAUUGCUUAAUCAUUUGGAGAUUAGACAGAUUAUGAAGGCGGAGAGGUUUUGUGAAGUGAACCAGCUUCCACCUGAGUAUAUUUGUGUGAAUGGAAACGCUCUUUCUUUUGAGGAACUUGUCACGUUGCAGAGUUGUGCUAACCCUCCGAAGAAUUUGAAGCCCGGUAAUUAUUGGUAUGAUAAGGUGUCUGGUUUUUGGGGGAAGGAAGGACAGAAGCCUUGUAGAAUUAUUAGUCCGCAUCUGAAUGUUGGGGGUCCCAUCAAACCGGAUGCUAGCAAUGGAAACACGCAGGUUUUCAUUAAUGGCCGAGAAAUAACAAAAGUUGAGCUUCGAAUGUUGCAGUUGGCAGGAGUUCAGUGUGCUGGUAACCCACAUUUUUGGGUCAACGAGGAUGGUUCGUACCAAGAAGAAGGACAGAAAAAUACAAAAGGGGGUAUUUGGGGAAAGGCUGGAACGAAGCUUGUAUGUGCUUUACUGUCCCUGCCAGUUCCAUCUAAUUCUAAAUGUUCAAAUUCAUGUGGGUUUCUAUCCUCCAAUCUGGUUACCAGACCAGUUCCUGAUCACUUUGAGCAUGGAAUAGUUCAUAAGCUCCUCUUACUUGGUUAUACUGGGUCGGGAACAAGCACUAUUUUCAAGCAGGCCAAGAUUCUUUACAAAAGCACUCCCUUCUCAGAUGAUGAACGUGGAAGUAUAAAGUUGACCAUUCAGACCAAUGUCUACGCCUAUCUUGGCAUACUCCUUGAGGGUCGUGAGCGUUUUGAAGAAGAAAGCCUGGGGAUUUUAAAGAAAAGUCAAUCUUCUGUGCUUGAAACUACAGGAACCAGUCCAAAACAUGGCAACAAGACAAUUUAUUCCAUUGGCACAAGACUAAAGGCAUUCUCUGACUGGCUUCUGAAAACCAUGGUUUCGGGCAAGCUUGAUGCUAUCUUCCCAGCUGCUACUCGUGAGUAUGCUCCACUGAUUGAGGAGUUAUGGAAUGAUGCUGCCAUUAAGGCUACAUAUGAAAGAAGAAGUGAAAUAGAAUUGCUGCCCAGUGUUGCCAGUUAUUUUUUAGAGCGGGCUAUUGAGAUAUUGAGGACUGAUUAUGAACCCUCGGAUUUAGAUAUUCUCUAUGCUGAAGGAGUUACUUCAUCCAAUGGGAUGGCUUCUGUAGAGUUUUCAUUUCCUCAAUCAGCUCCCGAGGAAACUGUCGACAUUGCUGAUCUACAUGACUCGUUAGUUAGGUAUCAAUUAAUUACAAUACAUGCAAGAGGGCUAGCAGAAAAUUGCAAGUGGCUAGAAAUGUUUGAGGAUGUUGGAUUGGUCGUUUUCUGUGUUUCCUUGAGCGACUACGAUCAAUUUUCUGUUGAUGGAAAUGGUUGUCGCACAAACAAGAUGAUAUUGAGCAGAAAGCUUUUCGAAGCCAUAGUUACUCAUCCUACUUUCGAACAAAUGGACUUUCUGCUGAUACUAAACAAACUAGAUGAGUUUGAGGAGAAAAUUGAACGAAUUCCACUGACCAAGUGUGACUGGUUAUCUGAUUUUCUUCCAGUAAUUAGUCGACAUCGCUCAGGCAUCAACAGUAACAGCAUUAACAAUAGCCCCUCCCUUUCUCAGCUUGCUUCCUAUUACAUAGCGGUUAAGUUUAAGAGGCUCUAUUCAUCUCUUACAGGGCGAAACAUGUAUGUCUCCUUGGUGAAUGGGCUGGAACCUGAUAGUGUUGAUGCAGCACUUAAAUAUGCGAAGGAGAUUUUGAAGUGGAACGAAGAGAGACCAAACUUUAGCUUAAGUGAUAACUCAAUGUACAGCAUUGAGGCGAGUUCAAUGUCUCUUUGA